GAGCUGGCAACUCUCAAGAAAGUGAGUAAUUUUCAGACGGAGAAAGACAGGAAACUAUUUUCGGUGAAAAUUCGUAAAUUAGUUAUUUAAAUUGCUGAUUUAAUAGAGAAUUCUUCACAAGUGUCGCAAGCAGUUACAAUAAACAAACGACUUUAGUAUUAACUGAAAACUGCAAAAGCCACCAUCUCCAGCAUGGAUCGCAAAGCUGAACUGGAACGUAAAAAAGCCAAAUUGGCAGCUCUUCGCGAAGAGAAGGAUCGUCGUAGGCGUGAAAAAGAGAUGAAGGACAUGGAGGAGGCUGCUGGGCGUAUCGGUGGAGGGGUUGGCAUCGACAAAGAUCAAAGGAAAGAUUUAGAUGAGAUGUUGUCUUCAUUGGGAGUUGCGCCCGUAUCAGAGGUAUUAUCUUCAUUAUCAUCUGUAAACUCACUCACGUCGGACAACUCCAACACUCAAACACCAGACGCCAGUCUGCAAGCAAAUAUGAAUGGUGUCGGAGGUGGUAAGAAGCAGCCAUUAAACUUAAGCGUGUACAACGUGCAGGCAACCAACAUUCCACCUAAAGAAACGAUGGUAUACUCAAAACAAACACAAACUACUAGUACUGGAGGGCACGAACGUGAUGCUCAUGCUACGGAUUAUUAUGACGAAUACAAUCUAAAUCCGGGUUUAGAGUGGGAGGAUGAGUUCACAGGAGAUGACGAAGAGAGUUCUCUACCACAUCUGGAUCAUGGUUUCACCUCGAAGUUGCCACCCGGCUACUUGACACAUGGUUUGCCUACGGUCAAGGAUGUGGCACCCGCCAUCACGCCAUUGGAGCAAAAGAAGGAGCAGGAGGAGAAAAAAGAGAUUAAGGAACUUUCGGAGGAGCAAAAACAGAUGAUCAUACUUUCCGAGGACUUCCAACGUUUUGUGCUGCGCGCAGGUCGUGUUGUUGAACGUGCACUCUCCGAGAAUGUUGACAUUUAUACGGAUUAUAUUGGCGCUGGCGAUAAUGAAGACAACAAUGAUGAGCGCUCACAUGCUCGACUCUCGUUGAAUCGCAUUUUCUACGAUGAACGUUGGUCGAAAAAUCGUUGCAUCACCUGUAUGGAUUGGUCUACACAUUUUCCGGAAUUGGUGGCCGCUUCAUAUCACAAUAACGAGGAGAGUCCUAACGAACCCGAUGGCGUUGUUAUGGUUUGGAAUACUAAAUUUAAAAAGCAAACGCCUGAAGAUAUUUUCCAUUGUCAAAGCGCCGUCAUGUCGACGUGUUUUGCUAAAUUCAAUCCUAAUCUUAUAUUAGGUGGUACAUAUUCGGGACAAAUUGUGCUAUGGGAUAAUCGCGUGCAAAAACGUACACCAAUGCAACGCACACCAUUGAGCGCUGCUGCACACACCCACCCGGUCUAUUGUUUGCAGGUUGUUGGCUCACAAAAUGCUCACAAUGUUAUCUCGAUCUCUUCGGAUGGCAAAUUGUGCUCUUGGAGUUUGGAUAUGUUGUCGCAUCCUCAAGACACAUUGGAGUUACAACAGCAGCGUCCAUCGAAAUCGAUUGCAGUUACUUGUAUGGCUUUUCCGGCGAAUGAAAUUAAUAAUUUGGUGAUGGGCAGUGAGGAUGGUUACGUCUACUCAGCUUGUCGUCAUGGUUCACGCACUGGCGUAAACGAUGUCUUCGAAAAGCACUUGGGCCCAGUAACAGGAAUCUCUACACACUACAAUCAAUCAUCACCUGACUUUGGCCAUCUUUUCUUAACUUCCUCUAUCGAUUGGACUAUUAAGUUGUGGUCUCUGAAGGACACUAAACCUCUGUAUUCCUUUGAAGAUAACUCUGAUUACGUCAUGGAUGUCGCAUGGUCGCCCAUUCAUCCUGCACUUUUUGCUGCUGUCGAUGGUAGUGGUCGCCUUGAUUUGUGGAAUCUUAAUCAGGAUACCGAAGUACCCACAGCAUCAGUUUUGGUUGAAGGUGCGCCAGCACUUAAUCGUGUCUCGUGGACUCCGUCAGGUCUGCAUGUGACCAUCGGCGACGAUACGGGCAAACUGUAUGUUUACGAUGUCACUGAUCACCUGGCGCAGCCAUCACGUGAUGAAUGGUCGCGUUUUAAUGCGACACUCAAUGAGCUCAAAAUGAAUCAAAGCGAUGAUGUUUAAAUCAUAUGCGCAUUCGCAAUGAAACGGGGGUUAUGCACGAUAAUUUAAUUUAAAAAGACUUCAUUGAUAUUCUACAACUAUGGCAACUUAAUAUAAAGAUACAGGAAUAAGCACUCCACUGUGUUUGAAAGCCUCAGCUGCAAUGUCAAAGGCAAAAUCGUUAGUAAUUCAUUAGAUGAGCAAAUAUAAUUUGUAUUUUGUACAACUCUAAGUUAAAAGAUUUUAUAUUGUAUAUUAUAAACUUAAAACAUCAAAGGCCUAUUUUGUUUCUAAUUGUAAGAUGCUCGCACUGUUAUGGGAAUAAGAAGUGUUUGGAUGCAACUUGCGCUAAGUAUUAAUUGACUUAAUUUUUCUACUGUUUCAAUAAAAUUGUGCUUUAGGGCAAGCACCCUCUAUUAGUAUUCUCAAAUUUAAAUAAAUCUUUAUUCGAUUCUGUUAA